UUUACGUGGAAAUAAGUCGCUUGCAGACGUCGCAGUCGCACGAAAUACAAAUUCGCUUUGGCGCAUCGGCAUUACGGCACUUCUCGGUUUGGCGCGCGAAAUUUCCGGCAAGCGGCCAAAUAGUCGCAAGCGCGUUGCUGGGCUUUUAAGGCAUUAAGUGCGCUUAGAUUUGACGGUCAGUGCACUGUGCGAGGCUCGUGGUGUUUGGCCUGUGUGUGUUGGUUUGCAGCAGCGGAUUUUGUGCGCCGAUACGCUUAUUGCUUCCACUUGUUUUUUGCUGCUGCUGCUUCGAAUUUUCAAAAUCAUCGGCAUCAAAUACUCAAAUCAAAGCCAGUCAAUAGUGGAAAUCCAAUUUAAGUGAUUCGACUUAAGAGGCUUGCAGAAAGUGUGUGAAAAAAUGUUCAUAUUAAGACGGCCCUUGCUUUUGAUUUGGUGCCUGGUUAUGUGUGUGGGGCUGAUGAAACUGCACUGCCAUGGUGUACCCACUGCCAAUGCAAAUCAAUUCACACUAGCAACAACAGCAACAACAUCAGCAAAUGAUACUACAACCAUAGAUAAGCUAAUGGCACUUAAGGAAGGCAAUGACCAGAAAAGAGUAGAAUAUAAAAAUGAAAUGCCUGAAGACCGACGUGCACCAGCAACAACAACAACUAGUACAAGUAGACGAAAAGGGGACACAGUGACGGUCUCUACAACCACUUAUGAUCAGCACGCUUACGUCACAAAUAACAGCAUCGACAUUGCGUUGACACCGAUGAUGAGCCUUUUGCCGCCUAAUGUGGCUUUUAGCUUAAAAGCGUCCGCAAAACUAGCACCGAAGGACGCAUCGAAAACUGCCGCCACUUUCGACACUGAGCGCGUGCAGAACGUACGAUAUGAGCAACAACAAAAUGACAAACAACAACAACAACUGCCCACCAUCACGCGCGCAAUGCAAGUGGCACGCAUCUACGAAUCCUUCCGCGCGCUGCCCGAACUCGACGUCCACAGCGCCGCCGGCAGCGCGCCGCGUUUCAAGCGCAUGUCGGAUCUAGCCACGGACGACACGCCGCACGCAACAGCCAGCAGCGGCAACAUGAGCACGACGUGGCCGCCGACAACAACAACCACAACAACGGCAAAUGUGAACGCCAAUGUGACAACAGCAAGCAACAUGCGGAAACGCACCGCAUCGGCGGAUAUGUUGAGUCGCAACAUUUCCAUCAUUUUGGAGAAUCUGCUUAAAAGCUACGAGCAAUCACAGCUGCCAACGCACGGACAAGGCAUUCCAACAGUGGUGCGGACCAACAUUCUCAUACGCAGCAUGGGUCCUGUCUCGGAGCUGGACAUGGACUACUCGAUGGACUGCUACUUUCGGCAGUAUUGGCAUGACAAGCGCUUGAGCUUCCAGGGGCCGAUACAAAGCCUAUCACUUAGCAUUAAGAUGUUGGACAAAAUUUGGCGUCCGGACACGUACUUCUUCAACGGAAAGCACUCGCACAUACACACAAUCACUGUGCCCAAUAAGUUACUGCGCCUGGAUCAAAAUGGCGGCAUUCUAUACUCGAUGAGACUAACAAUAAAAGCGACAUGUCCCAUGGAACUUAAAAACUUUCCGAUGGAUCUACAAUCCUGUCCGUUAAUAAUCGGUAGCUAUGGCUAUACAAAUCGCCAACUUGUCUACGAGUGGAAGGGUGAGGACGACGCGGUGUCAUUUGUGCCCGGCAUGACAUUGAAUCAAUUCGAUUUGAUAAGCAUGAAACAGCGUAACUUCACCUACACCAGGCGAGAGGGAGACUUCUCUGUGCUGCAUGUGGCCUUCAACCUCAAACGUCACACAGGCUAUUUUCUCAUACAGGUCUAUGUGCCCUGCAUAUUGAUCGUCGUGCUGUCAUGGGUCUCCUUUUGGAUACACCGUGAAGCGACCAGCGAUCGUGUUGGCCUCUGCGUGACCGCUGUACUCACACUCUCCACGAUUAGUUUAGAUUCGCGCACCGAUUUGCCGAAAGUGAAAUAUGCCACUGCUUUGGAUUGGUUUCUCUUAAUGAGUUUUCUGUAUUGUAUUGCGACGUUGCUCGAGUUUGCGGGUGUGCACUAUUUUACAAAGGUGGGCAGUGGUGAGAUACCCAUAAGCGAGGAUGAAUGGGAGGACAUUGACGAAGGUGUGGCUGACGAUGAUGAGGGCGAAGAGGAGGCACAAAGUAGUUCGAUAAAACACAGUAAUGAGUCCGCGUAUGAAAUUCCACAUCCCUUGGCUGGCAACUUUUGUAAGCGCAACGCGAUGAUUUCCCCCAUUUACAAUGACCCCACACAAAUUUUUCCAGCACCGUCCUCACACGCCUCUACAAUGGAACGAACCACACAAACGGAGCCACCGGUUAUAUCAAAGGGAAAACAAAUGUGGCUUUGCCUAAUAGGCGAUGAUAAAUUUCGACGGCAGAGAGAACGUGCUGCAGCGGUUACUAAAGGAAGCCGCUAUGUGAACAGUGUUUCUCUGAUAGAUCGAGUUUCGCGUGUUGCCUUCCCAAUGUCUUUUGCUUUCUUCAUGCUACUCUAUUGGCUGGCAUACGGAAUGUACAAAAAAGAGUUCACCUGGUCAACGGUAAAGGGUUAAAGAAUAAACAACAAUCCCAUGGGAACAACCAUAUUUGAAAGCUGAAUCAAGGCACAGGAAAGGACAGCAGGGAAAUAUUAUUACAUACAUUCACGGCUAAUGAAGAAGUCAUCAGCUAUAAAUGCAUUGAAACACACACACAAAAUAAGCUUACGGAUAUAUGAAAAGAUAGUCCAUUAAACAAACAAAUGAAAAAUUAAAUAUUUUUGGCCAAUUUACUAAAAGAAAAUAUAAAUAAUGGAAAAAUAAUAUA